UAUAAAAGUUCCAGUGAAGGGUAGUGUGAAACUUGGUAAGUAUGAAGUUAAUCUACUUAUGCAGUUGCUUUGGAGGGAAGAUUAGAUUAGUUUUGAGUGAUCUGAAAAAAAUAUUUCUUCUUAACUAAUUAGUCCACUUUAAUAUCUAGUUACAUAAACCUUCUUUUCUGACUAUAUGCCAUUUUCUAGAAGAAAGCAAGAAAAUGCUGAAAUGUCCUGUGUCCAGGACAGUUUAUUUAAUCCCUAAAAUAUUCAUCCUUCAUGAACAGCAGUCCUUUUUUACAAACAAUUUUAGUUACAAACCAUCAAAUUAGAUGAUGUGGUGUUUGGCUCAGGUCGUUGCUUUCUUUAUAAAUUGAUUUCUCACUUCUGCUGGCAGUAUGCCCAAAUGCAGACAAGUGUAAACACUUGGUACAGGGUCUCUCUGUCCAGUGCUGCUGGUUUGUCUUGCACCCUGCGUGGCUUCCUGCGGGAGGGGUUCAUCUCUUCUGCUGGGAACAUCAUUUGCAUGAAGCCACCUCCUGGCAGCAUGUAGGUGCUGCAGAUGGAUCUUUGGUGUGAUGGUUUCUUGGGCAUUGGACUUUUUUUUUUUUUUUUUUUUUUAAUCAGCAGCCUUAUCUUACUCUCUUGAGACAAAAUAUGCAUAAUGAAGGCUUUUAUCCAAAGAUCAGCAAAUGAGUCCUACAGCUGGCCUAUACAUGAUUUGUUCUUGUUGGGAGGAGGUUUAAUUUUAGAGUUGGUUUUGCAUAGCUGUGUGCUGCUGCUAGAUUGGGCUGCACUUCUUUUUCAUCUCUGACAAUUUCCUUCUGUUAUCAGGACUGUACUUCCAGUUUCGGGUCAAGUGAUUGUGCAAGGUGUGUUGGAUCAGCCACUUGAAACCCUUGUGUCCAAGUAGAUUUCUAGCAUGUGCUUUUCUGAUGAAAGGACAAAGAUAGUAAGGCUUCAAUCACAGAUUGUGAAUUUAAACCAGGAUCAAUGGGUACCUUUCCUGGGUGGUAUAAACAGGAUUUUGCCAAGGCACUCGUCAGUCCUGUGUCCAGUUUGAAUAAGUCCAGUGUUUCAGUUGGUAGGUGGAAUUGGUAUAUAAAAUAAAAUGUGGACUUGUUUUGUUUUUCAGACUGAAGUAUAGAGGGACAUGCACAUCAAGCUGAGGAGCAGUAAAAUUCUCAAGUAGACUAAGCCUGAUGCAGCACACUUUUGUUUGGAGGAUAUAUUGUAGCAUCUUGUCAGGAGUUACAAACUCCAGGUUGUAGUUUGUAAAAGGUGAUUGGCUUCUUGGCUGCAUACUCAUAACAAUGCUAGGAAUGUUUGGGUGCCUUUGGGUUCCCAAAUCUUGUGUGUUGGGAAUGACAUCAUACCAGCUGAAGUUUUGCAAGUGUUUUCUUGCUACUUAGUGCCGAGUUUUCUUAUGCGUCUUGGGUGUGUUCUUGACUCAUAUUCCUCAGACCUUUUCUGAGUGGCAAUUAUAUGGCAACUCUUUGAAAAAGGAAGUGAGUUCUGUUUUUCUUGGCAAGAUGGUUACCUUUUUCUUUUUUCUACCUGGAGCUGCUUCUCAAAGGAAUACUGAAUCCCUUCACAAGAAAAUACCUUCCAAUUGACUGGAAUAUGAAUUUUUCAGUUAUUCUUAAUAUAAUCUUUCUGGGACUAGACAAAGACAGGAAUAUGAAAUAGGUCUUCAAGCUAAAUUAUGUUGGCAUGCUUAAAUUUACCUCUCCCCUUAAGUGUAGGUGCUUACAUUUUAAGCUCAACAGCUCCUUAUAGACUGGUAAAAGAUUAACUCUUUACCCUACCACAUUCUGUAUAAUUUUAACACCGUGUGGUGAUUGAAUGUGUUCCAGUACAAAAGCUCUUAAAGCCUCCAUUGUAGUUAUCUGGGGGAUGUAGAGACGCAUGUGUCUACACUGUACCGGUCAUCCCUUGCUGUAGCUCCCACCCCCCAACAUAUACCCUCGGACAGACAGGCACAACUGUGGCUGAAAAUCUUUUUUCCAUUUUGCAUCUGGGAGACUCCUUGUGUUAUUUAAGUUGGUGGUGUUGGUUUUUCCAACUGUGUGAGUUGUUAUAAUAAAAGAUAUUCCCUUAUCUAGCAUGUUUGUCUUUCUUCCCUCUCCAAGAUGCUGCUGCUGUUAAUUUUUGGAUGCAGAGCUUGCAUUAAACCUGAGGUGUAAAAGUGUAAGUGCCUUUCUACCCACUCUAAAGCUCAAGGCUUUGCCAUACUGACAGUGGUGGCUACCUAUUUAUUUUACCCUGGGAAGUGAAACUGCCUCUUUCCUAGCAUCUCUUGAUAGCAGAGCAGCUGUGUGGGUUUGCUGCAUUCCAAAACUUAAGUCUUCUUCCUGACCCCCUUGUUCUUGUGCCUGGACCCAUUCUCAUGGUAAUGUUUCUGGCAUUCCAUGUACCCUUCCAUGUACGAAACUAUCCUGGGAAAACUCCACAGCUCUGAAUAGAAGCUUGCAUUAUGGCCUAUUUGCUAAUGUGAUAACUUUUUAACUCAAAAUUGGCUGGUCUCCACAACUGGAAGUAGUUUUUAAAGCAUUACAAGUGUGUGGGACCAGCAAAGUUACUGAAGCUGCUUCUUUUUCUUUUUUCCAUCGAUUUCCAUUUUUCAAAUACUACACAGAGUCAGAAAAUACAGUAAUCUUGGAGGUUCUCUGAAGGUUUGUUUGCUGUUGGUGAGACAUUGAGGAUAAAGGCUGGACUGUAAGAGGCUAUAGUGUAAGGCAUUGAGCAUCUUGCAGACUCUCUGCCCUUUCAGCUGCUUCCAUGGGGUUUGAACUUUUUUGAAAAUCUUGUCUAAUUUGUCUCUGUGUCAUUUCAGAACGAUAUGUUGGGUUUGUUUUUGUUUUGUUUUGUUUUUUUGAUAGCCUAGUAUGUCGAGUUUAUUGUGAAAAAAAAAAAAAAGGUCAAUGAUCCCUGAAGACAUGCCUGUGGCUUACUAACUUAAUCAGUGUGUUGCAAACCAUUUGAUUAUACCAUAGUGACCACAACAUUUGAGGGCAUAAACCUGUCUUUAUUAGGGCGUAAGCAUAAAAACAUCCUGUAAUAAGCUUUAAGGUGUGAGUUUUAUUGCUGGAUUUCAAAGGAUUUUGUGUCUAUAGAUAUUCGAGUUGCUUUCCAAGCUAUAGCAUUACCUUUCUUCAAGUAGAUUUUUAAUAAAAACUCAUUCAUGAUUUAUACUUGGGCAGUUUUGAUUAACAAUUAGGCUAUUAAUUUUGAAAAUUGAUCAAAAUUACCACUUGCUGGUAAUAAGAAAAAUGUCUCAAACUUUUUCCUUUUCUGUUUGUGAUAUUUGUUUAUUACUGUAUUACAGGAAUACAAAGUUACAGAGCACCAGGCAAAGGUGUUUAAUAGAAACUGAAGGGAUCUCCUACAAAUAUGUUUUCACUGCUUCUUCUGAAUCUGGAAGAAUAUUACUUUGAACAACACACAGCUAAUCAUAUUAUAAAUAAAGAUAACAAAGAUGAAAGAAAAUUCAGAGGCUCCCUAAAAAUCUGUUCCAAGUCAAUUAUUUUUGAACCAGAUGACAAUAUCCAGCCUAUUAUCAAGAUACCAUUGCGGGAUUGCGUUAGUAUAAAAGCCCCAGAAGAUAAUGAAGCAAAUAACCCUUUCACAAGGAGUACAUCUGGAGGGAUUUCUGUUGUAUGUAGCCAGGUUUUUCUCAUUAAAGAAAGAAAUGUUAUUGCACCCUAUAAAACAGUAAGAGGUAGAACAGAACACUUAUUCCAAUUGGAUGUUGCUUGGAAAGUAGGAGAUGUUGUGCAAACUCUACAUCAGCUUUACAGGGCUUCUUGUCUAGAUAAGAUGGGAGAUCAAGCUGCCAUGAUAACUGCUAUAUUACAAUCACGCUUGGCUAGAACUUCAUUUGAUAAAUACAGAUUUCAAAGCAUUUCUGAAACGCUGCAUAUGGAAUGUAAAGCAGAAAUGGUGACGCCACUGGUGACUAAUCCAGGGCAUGUGUGCGUUAGUGAUGCUAACUUGUACUUCCAGCCUCUUAAUGGAUAUCCUAAACCAGUAGUACAAAUAACACUGCAAAAUGUGCGUCGCAUCUAUAAAAGAAGACAUGGGCUGAUGCCACUGGGACUUGAAGUGUUUUGCACAGAAAAUGAUCUAUGUUCUGACAUCUACUUGAAAUUCUACAACUGUCAGGAUCGAGAUGAAGUCUAUCGCCUCAUUGCAAAAUACAUAGAAAAUCAUAUUGCAGAGCACACAGCUGAAAGUUAUGUGUUGCAGUGGCAGCGAGGACAUAUAUCAAAUUACCAGUAUCUUCUCCAUCUCAACAAUCUGGCUGAUAGAAGCUGCAACGAUCUCUCCCAGUACCCUGUAUUUCCUUGGAUCAUAGCAGACUACUCUAGUUCAGUGUUAGAUCUGACAAAGCCUGAAACAUUUCGUGACCUUAGUAAACCAGUUGGUGCCCUGAAUAAGGAAAGGCUGGAUAGACUUGUGACACGUUACCAGGAAAUGCCUGAGCCCAAGUUCAUGUAUGGAAGCCAUUAUUCUUCUCCGGGUUAUGUUUUGUUUUAUCUUGUUAGAGUUGCUCCAGAAUACAUGCUCUGUCUGCAGAAUGGAAAGUUUGAUCAUGCUGACAGAAUGUUCAACAGCAUUGCAGAAACCUGGAAAAACUGUUUGGAUGGUGCAACAGAUUUCAAAGAGUUGAUUCCAGAAUUUUAUGAAAAUGAUUCUAGUUUUCUAGUAAAUAGUUUGAAGUUGGACUUGGGAAAAAGGCAAGGUGGAAAGAUGGUUGAAGACGUAGAGCUUCCACCUUGGGCAUCAGGUCCUGAUGACUUUCUUCAGAAGAGCCAAGAGGCUUUAGAAAGUCCAUAUGUAUCAGAACAUCUUCAUGAAUGGAUUGACAUAAUAUUUGGCUACAAGCAGAAAGGAAGUGAAGCAGUUGCAGCUCACAAUGUGUUUCACCCAUUAACUUAUGAAGGAGGAGUGGAUUUAAACAGUAUUAUGGACCCCAAUGAAAAAGUAGCUCUGCUGACACAAAUCCUGGAGUUUGGACAGACGCCAAAACAGUUGUUUACAACCCCUCAUCCCCAAAGGAACAUUCAGAAAUUGAAAAGCUUGUCUCGAACAUCUAGUCACAGCACUUCCAUAGCUGAGUCUCCAGUUUCUCCAAAUGAAGAAUCAUUUGAAGAUUUGACAGAAGAAAGUAUAACACUUGCCUGGAACAAUAUUGCCAAACUAAAAUUAGAUAUGCAGUGUAAAAUUCACAAAGAGGCAAUUACUGGCAUAGCAGUCACUUGCAACGGGUCUUCUGUUUUCACUACAUCCCAGGAUUCAACUUUGAAGAUGUUUUCCAAAGACUCAAAAACCAUCCAGAGAAGUGUGUCCUUUUCAAACAUGGCUUUGUCAUCUUGCUUAAUCUUGCCAGGAGAUACCACUGUCAUAAGUUCUUCAUGGGACAAUCAUAUAUAUUUUUAUUCAAUUGCAUUUGGAAGACAGCAAGAUGUCCUAUUGGGCCAUGAUGAUGCAGUCAGCAAGAUCUGUUGGCGUGAUGGGCGCUUAUUUUCUGCAUCUUGGGAUUCCACUGUGAAGGUGUGGCACUGUGUUCCCGGAGAGACCUUGAGCAAUAAAAAACACCGAUUUGAACUGCUUGCACAGUUAGAACAUGAUGUUAGUGUAAAUACAAUGGACCUUAAUGCUGCAAAUACCAUCCUGGCAUCUGGAACCAAAGAGGGUACCCUUAGUAUUUGGGAUGUUACAACAGCAACAGUGUUGCACCAGUUGCCACAUCAUUCUGGGACUGUAUUUCAUGCUGCUUUUAGUCCUGACAGCAGACAUCUACUGAGCACAGGGGAGGACUGUUGUUUUAAAGUAAUAGAUGUACAAACUGGAAUGCUCGUAUCUUCUGUGACCACUGAAGAGCCACAGAGGUGCUUCAAAUGGGAUGGAAAUACAAUCUUAUCAGGAUCUCAGUCUGGUGAAUUACUGAUUUGGGACCUUCUUGGAGGAAAAGUUACUGAAAGAAUCAAAGGGCAUACAGGUGCUGUAAUGUCCAUGUGGAUGAAUGAACAGUGCAACAGUGUUAUUACAGGAGGGGAAGACAAACAAAUCAUGUUCUGGAAACUGCAAUACUAAGUGCCUUUCCCUCCAGUCAUUUAAAUGAACUCUAAUUUUAAACCAAACCUUUUAAAGGAACUUAACUCUGUGCAAUGACGGCUGCUGAAGUUCAACCAGAUAGGAAGCUUUGUUCAACCACAACUUUCUAUGUUAUGUUGACUUCACUGAGAGCUCUUAACUUCCAUCGAGUAUGCAUUUGUUUUUCAUGGACUAUCAUAUUGAAAUUGCUUGUGUAAAAUGAUACCUGAUAUGAAAUUAAAGACUUAUUUUUCUGUAAUUAAAGAGCUCUUAA